AUGAAUAAUAGUAAUGGUAUUAAGAAGUCAAAGCUAAAUACAACUAAAUCUUCGGAUCGUCGUUUAGCAGCUGGUAGACAACCGGCAAAUUAUUUGCAUAAUGCAAUUUUAAACCAACCAUCAAACAUCACUAAGGUAUUACCAAAGUCUACUACAACCCAAGGUUCAAAUGAGACACAAAAGACAGUGAAACGAGCUGGCGGAGGCAAGACUUGGGAGGAUUCGUCCCUAUUGGAAUGGAAUCCAAAACAUUUUCGAUUAUUUGUCGGAAAUUUGGGGACAGAUGCUACAGAUGAGUUAUUAGCUAAUGCAUUUGGAAAAUAUCAAACACUCAGUAAAGUAAAAGUUCCAGUUGAUAGCAAAACAGGCAAGAACAAGGGAUAUGGGUUCGUUGCUUUUGAAAGCCCAGACGAUUACUUCCAAGCAUUCAAGGACAUGAACGGAAAGUAUAUUGGGCAACAUCCAGUUCAAUUGAAGCGAGCAGAAACCAAUAUCAAACCCACGAAGAAGAAAAAUGAUAACUUUAAGAAUAAUAGGAAAGGUAGGUGA